GUCGUUCACUGCGCAGGCGGCAGCAUUAACAGCGACCUGAAGCAGCAGCAGAGGAGGAAACCUGCAGCAUUACAACAAGUGGAAAACGUCUGAUUGGGAGAUGGCUGUACUGGCACCGUUCCUGGUGUUAUGUGCUUGUGUUUUGGGGUUUCAUCAUGCGGAAGCAGCAGCAGACACCCCGAGCAUUCAGGAGUCUUCUUACUGUCAUGAUGGGCUAGAGGUGAAGUAUCCAGAACUGGAUGUUAAGAAAUGCCUCAGAGUUGAAUGGGAUCUCAGAAAGAAGCUGACUACAGUCUGGAAGGCCCCACAGGUUAAAUAUUCUCGAGCAAAAGAGACUAUGAAGUAUGUUCUGGUGAUGAUUGAUCCCGAUGCUCCGAGCCAUACGAACCCAACGGGUGCUGACUGGAGACACUGGCUGGUUGUGAACAUACAGGGUAAAUUACUGAAGAAUGGAGAGAUCCAAGGAAAAACUCUCACUGAGUAUCGUCCUCCAUCCCCACCGAGAUCCCGUGGUUUCCACCGCUACCAGUUCAUGUUGUAUGAGCAGCCUCCAGACAAAUCAGUGUUCCUCACUGAGAAGGAGAGUUCACAUGCUAAAUGGAGUCUCUCAAACUUUGUCACAAAGUUUGGCCUUGGAAAGGAAGUGGCCGCUGUGCAACUCCUCACCCAACACUAUGAGGACUGAAGGAUUCUCAAUGUCUGAAAGAAGAAUCUGUCAUUACAAUGAUGACUUUCUCUGAAUUAAACAGCAUCAUUGUUCAAAGCAUACUACAGGCC